AUGGCUGCGGAAGCAAAUGUUCCCUCUGUAAACAAGGCUUGGGUGUACGCAGAGUACGGAAAACCUGCAGAUGUAUUGAAACUUGAUCCAAACGUGCCUCUUCCUCGAGUAGAGGAAGACCAGGUGCUCAUCAAGGUGGCUGCUGCAGCACUUAACCCAGUUGAUCACAAGAGGCUUCUUGGGUAUUUCAAGGACACUGACACUGCUCUACCUGCAGUUCCAGGGUAUGAUGUUGCUGGUGUUGUGGUGAAGCUUGGAAGCCAAGCAAGGAAAUUUAAGGUGGGGGAUGAAAAAGUUGGGUCCUUAGCAGAGUACACGGCUGUGGAAGAAAGAUUGUUGGCUGUGAAACCCAAAAAUCUGAGUUUUGCUGAGGCUGCCAGCCUUCCCGUGGAUAUUGAGACUGCCUAUGAAGGGCUCCAACGAGCUCAAAUUUCAGCUAGUAAAUCCAUCCUUGUUUUAGGAGGUGCUGGGGGUGUAGGAACUCAUGUUAUUCAGCUAGCAAAACAUGUUUUUGGUGCUUCCAGAGUGGCAGCUACCGCAAGCACUAAAAAACUGGAUUGGUUGAGGGGUUUGGGUGCUGAUCUUGCUAUUGAUUAUACCAAGGACAACUUCGAAGACCAGCCUGAGAAAUUUGAUGUAGUCUAUGAUGCAGUUGGACAGUCGGAUAGGGCAGUGAAGGCAGUGAAAAAGGGGGGGAAGGUUGUGACAGUGGCAGGCCCAAUAACACCACCAGCCUUCAUGUUUAUGCUGACUGCUAGUGGGUCUAUCUUGGAGAAACUCAAUCCUUACUUGGAGAGUGGGAAGGUGAAGGCGGUGAUUGAUCCCAAUGGCCCAUAUCCCUUUUCUAAGACCCUUGAAGCAUUUGCCUAUCUUGAAGCUAGUAGCAGAGCUAUAGGAAAGGUGGUUGUGUAUCCCAUCCCAUCCCCAUGA